UUUACGAGUUGUGACGUUAGUACAAACUGUACCAAUUUAAAAAAGAACAUUACACCCAAUUUACGAGUUGGGACGUUGGUACAAACCAUUACCUACUUGUUUAAAAUUAUAUUCAUUUUCUUUUACGACCCUUGACCGGAAAUGACCCCUAGACCCGGAGACCCGAACCCUAUGCGGGGCAUUCCAGACAAACCCAAAACGAUUACGACAGCAUUGGUGUUCAACUUCACGAGCUACAGGGUUAAUGAACAAAAUCACCAUCAUGUAUUCGAUGUUUCGUAUGUUAUUCUGACAAUUGCUGGUUGCGACUCGCCGCCUGUAGUUCGUCAUUCUCAUUCACUUUGAGGGAAACCAGGUAUUCGAUCUUUGAUUUAUCCACAGAAAUUUAAAUCUCAAAUCAAUAACCUUAAAUGAAACAAAUGUAUUUCACUUCAAGAUUUCUUGAUGCCUUACACCCUCUUCCUUUUCCUUGUUCUAGUAUGAAGCGCAGGAUCAGUUUUUUCCUAACCAUUUUUACAGCUUUCCUCUAUCAAACAGGGAGUGUUGCUGCAGUGGUGGUGCCCCCUACAAAUUGCUAUGUUCUUGACAAUUCUAGCCACAUUUAUGAUUUUAGUAGCUGGCUUGGACUUCCAUUUGAGUAUGAUGGAGGGGAUACUGACUAUGCAGUUCGGUUCUGUAAAGAUAUGGAAACUAGAUCACAACCGGGAUAUGUUGGUUUUGGCAGAUUUGAUGACUUCAACUACUUUGUUGCUGGUUCAGGACAUUAUGAUUUUGUUCAAGAAUUUUACAAUGGUGAUCUGCAACACUGUGAAAAAAGUCAUGAUAAAAGGGGGCGUACAUCUCAAUUAAAUAUCAUAUGUGGCGAUUGCCCAAAUGGGCGGUGCAAAGGUGGACUUGAAUGCGUAUGCAAUGUUACAUUGGAGUCAGAUUGCAGAAUGAUCGUUGAUCUUGCAAUUCCAUGCGAGAAACCAGGUUUACGAGUGUUUGAAGGAUCCACAGUGGGUUUUCAUCCAAGAACAUGGGAAAUUGUUUACAAUGGCAUGACUCAAUAUGGUUAUGAAAAGGCUUAUAAGGACUUCAGCUUCCAAACGGACCAGAGUCAUGUAUCACUCUAUAUGACAGCAAUAGCUUCCCUUUCCCAUUUAGUACAAAAACCAUCCAUUACGGUUUCUCCCCAGGACGGUUUGGAGGUUACUUUGUCUGGCUCAGCAGCAACAACUGGGAGUCGGCCGACAACUUUGUCUCCAACUUUGUUAAACAUUGAUUGGAGAUGUGAAACAGCACAUGAUAGCCCAUAUGAGGUUCAGCUAACUAUCCCCGUGGAGGGUUAUGAUUCCAUCCAGUUUACGCUUACAAAAAUGUGCGUUGCAGAAUCUAAGCAAGAUAAAGCCGGAAAAUCUACUAAAGGAUGGGCUUUAUUCGGAAUUGUUGCCUGCGUAUUCUUUGUAGUUUCAACACUGUUCUGCUGCGGUGGCUUUGUUUACAACACUCAAGUACAAAAGCAGCAUGGAAUUGAUGCAUUGCCAGGGAUGACCAUUUUAUCUGCAUGUUUGGAGAUUUUGAGUGGCGUAGGAGGAGGGCCAAGCUACAUGCGGCCGGAAGACGUUAACGACGGGUACACGAGUCAAGCCUCGUGGACACGUGAGGCUGAGGGGACUCCAGGAUCUUCAAGAACAAGUGAAAGAACAUAUGGGACUUGAUUACCCUUUUGCACUAGGAUUCUAUAUGGUAUGUAGUAAAAUGGGGGAUUCAGAUGGUGUCGGUCGGGUCGGGUCGGGUCGGGUGCACGGCAUUUUUUCCCCUGAUUAUGCCCUCCGACUACAUUCAAGUGUUUCCCACGUGAAGUUUGGAUUUUACACAUUUAUUCAUUUAUUUAUGUUUGAAACAAGAAAAAUAGAGUGUCGAUGAAACGACUGAGUUUAGAAUUCAAUGUUGUUGUAGAUGUUUGUGCUCCA